GGCGAUUGAAAAUGCCGUAACGUCGUAAUGCAAAAUGUGUACGUCGUCGUCGCCGGCAACAGCAGUUCAGUCCCAGCCGGGCCUACAGAUAUAACGUGACAUAAUAUCGGCUCGCUGCUGGAAGCCGUGCAGCGCGGCAAUGUUGUACAGCUAGCCGGUCUGCCCGCCGCGUCUGACAGCUUUCUCCAUCACCGAUCGUGCACGACUGUGUAUGUGUAUGUAGUAACUUCCUUGGCAGGAUUUGCCCGUUGCUUUUCCGGAGACAUUUCCCUUUGCACAUUUCAAGAAGAUGUUAACAAUCAUCGUUAUUUAAUAGCGCCCAAUAGUUAUGCCGGUUUUCUUACCAAUUGCUCCUCUCAAGCUUUUCCCGUCGAUACCGGUUGUCCUUCAGCCGUUUAGCUGCCGUAGCACAUACAUGUAUUCUAUAUACACAUCGGCCCAGCUGAUUACCCCGGAAUAGGUGCAACAUCGACUUGAAUUUAAAGAAUGUACUCCUUGCUCUUGUGAUAAAUCACGCUGCGCAGGCGUCUGGCUAAUUUAUAUUGCGUGAGCAGACCAGACAAUUUGCCUUCCAUGUAUUGUGGAUGAUGAGUUAAUCAGGCAUUCAUCGAGGAAAUUUAGCGAUGUUCCUUUCUUGAUAAUGAUGCAAAUCUGUCUUCUACCAGCAUCCGUUAUGCAGCAGCACGAAGACGUUUUAUACAAGGACGAACUGAGUGACCUUUUGGAUUUAGUUUUCAGCGAAGCUGGCAAACCGGUUUCAUCCAGUACACAACGUGUAUCCUGAAUUCCCAAUUAUGAUGACAGCACCCGGAUAAGCCAUUCAUCAUAUCUGAUGGGAUCGAACAGGAAAAUAUGUACCGGGGGAGUAAUCAUCAGCUGCAGAUAUUGUGCUACCUCGUGACCUUAUGGAUUAAUGUAGCCGCCGAGUACCGAUAUGAAACCGCAACCAUAGCCAGCCGAUUGGAUUCCGAUAUCUCCAAACAGAUUUUAUCGAAUGUGGAUAAGCUAAAGUCGCACGAGGAUUUACUGGAUGUUAUCACCAAUCUCACAACCGGCAUCCUCUGCUCGUAUAACAGGGAAAUUGCUAUCCCAGUGAAAUUCAACACCAGUAAAUAUUUUCCGGAUUUGUUAAAGGCUGCUUUGUGGGUAUCGAAAUUCCUGGUUGAUUAUAUUCAGACUUCCGGUCAGAAUUUCGAGACCCCCAUGGAUAAAGGCUAUAAGUUCGUGCACCGGAGCGUCACAAAUCUGUUUGAUUACGAGCCCCGCCUUGUAUAUAUAGCCAUUCGACUACCUCCAACCCAGGAAGAGCAAAUAAAAAUUCUGGAACUGCUGCGUGAGCCCAAUCCGAUUCAUUCAGUCAUCAAGCACAAAACCUCGACCUUGGGCAGCGGCAGUAUUGAGCCCGACUCCUACGACAUCUUAAUCGCGUCCAGAUCGCAUGUUUAUUAUUCAUGUCCCCUUGGAAAAUGGCUGACAAAGAUUAGCUUGCCACUCAAUUUAACCACUUCCCAUCUUGAUUCAAAUCCCAAAAGCCUAUCAGCGGCCAUGGUUUUGGCUGCCGAUAUUACGGAGUGGGAUAUUUAUCAAUGCGACAAAAGGAAUAUUUCGGAAGUGGCCAGUGGUAAUCAACGGGAGCGCUUAAUAAUCGAUCACUUCGCCGGCACAGCCAAAUGUCACAAGGAUACAAAUGAUUGCGUUUUUCGGCCGGGAUCAGGCUGGAGAAAGGAUUCCUAUUCAUGCCGCUGUAAAAGCAGCUACUACUUCCUUGAUGAUGGAGCUCAGCUUCCUUCGUUUUCAUCUUGGCACAAUGACUCCACACAGGCAACGAGCGCCGGAAUACCACCCGAUCAUAUGGCUACUACUUAUCCCACCGCGUCACGGGGAGUUACCGGCCCUCCUGGACCAGGGUCCAAAAUGAUGCGGGCGGCGCCGGCCGCUUGUGCACUGUGCCAUCCCGACUGUGAUACAUGCACUAACGGUUCUCCGUGUUUUUAUGCAUACAAUCGUGCAAUCAGGAUUAUUCUUCUCAGUAUUACCGCUCUUUGUAUUGUCUCGACUUUGAUUCUGGGAAUAUUCAUUCACAGAUAUCGUCGCGUUAAGGUCAUUCGGGUGGCUAGCCCGAAGUUCCUGUACAUCACUUUACUGGGAGCCGCUGUCAUGUAUUCCGAAAUGAUUGCCAUUUUUUUCGAAGAUCGACCAGACAUAUAUAUCUGCAUGGCGAUUGAAUGGACGCGGCAUCUGGGCUUUGGAAUCACAUACAGUUCUCUAUUCAUGAAAACCUGGAGGAUAUCAGGACUAUUCCGAGUCAAAAGUGCACACAAGAUCAAAUUAACGGACAAACAGUUAUUGCAGUGGAUGUGCCCUAUCUUAUUGAUCAUGGUUAUUUAUUUGGCUACUUGGUCAGCAGGCGCACCUGCUACACCGGAAAUUUUGGCUAAUGAGUUCGGCCAGCGAUAUUAUCAGUGCGCAUACGGAUGGUGGGAUCACUGCCUCGUAGUCGGAAAUGUUACUUUCCUGUUGUGGGGCAUCCGAGUCUGCUACCGCGUACGAAAUGCCGAGUCAUAUUUUAACGAAGCUAAAUUCAUCAGUUUUGCCAUCUACAAUAUUGCCGGCGUCAAUGCAAUAUUUUUACUUCUGCAUUUAGUCGUCUAUCCACAAGCGUCGCCCGAUAUCAAAUUUGUCUUUGCCUUUCUGCGUAUACAAUUCAGUACGACUGUCACCGUGUGCCUGGUGUUCUGUCCAAAAGUCUCGGCAAUAAUGCGUGGUCAGGGAGAGAACUUUGAAUUCCGUGAUCGUCCUGGUGCUCAAAUUCCGCUCAAUGGAGGUCCUGUCUCACAGGAUGAAGUUAUUGAUGUCUAUCAGGAAAAUGAGGAUCUUAAAGAUGAAAUCCAGAAGCUGGCAUCGCAGAUUGAAUGGAUGAAGAUUGUCCAUAUGAAUAUUGGAAAUCGGCAUCUUAAACUCAAGCAUUCCUCAGCCCAGUAUCAUAUUGCCACAUCGUACUUUCCACCCAGCCCAAUACUGCGUUCACUACGGCGACGCUCGUCCGAUGCACAGGAAAUGCAUACGGUAGCCCGCAUGUCGCCGGCUGCCGAGCUAUCCAGCGAACGCGUUUAGUCGCUGGAGCGCCGCGGUUUGGAUUUCACAUUUUUUUGCGAGCAGUAUUUCUCAGAAUUCGUAUAACUAUGGUUGGGCUAAUUAGCUGGUUUAGCAAUAUAUAUAAAAUGGUAUUAAACAAAGUGAUAUAAACUUCACCAGAAGCGA